CGCAAUUCUGCGCGCUUCUUCACCUCGACGCCUGUCGCCGUGCCUCGUCCUCUGUGGCGCUCACCAGUACUCGCACUCGUUGACUUUGCAUACGUGCCCGCCAUCCCCCGGAGUGAAAGUUUGACACCUCGGAUGUCCGCGUUUCUCUCCGCCGCUUUUAUAGAACGCCCAGCUUAGCACGCCAGCCGCACGCCGCCUUCCCUCGCAUUCGCCCCAUAGUACCCAAUUUUUGCCCAUCGCCAUGUCCUUUUCUUCCCUCGUCUCAGAUAUUGCCUACCGCAACUCAGAGCGGCCAGAGCGACCAGAUCUGCGCUCCCAGGCAUCCGAGGCGCGCUCCACGCGAUCUUACGCUAGCACGGCGGCCACGAGCGUGAGCAUAUCUGGUGAAAUCAAGAGUCAAUUGCACGGCGGCUACAGCCACCCUCUCUCGCGAGCAUGGCAGUCGGAGCGGCAGCUGACCAAGUCUAUGCUCAUAUUCCCCCUCUUCAUUUCCGACCAGCCUGACGAAGAGACGCUCAUCCCCUCGCUCCCCAACAUCCACCGCCGAGGCCUGAACAAGGUCGUGCCCUAUCUCACGCCCCUCGUCGCAAAGGGCCUCAAGUCGGUCAUACUGUUUGGCGUGCCGCUCGCACCCAAUGCAAAGGACGCCCUCGGCACCAGUGCAGACGACCCCAAGGGGCCCGUCAUCAAGGCCAUCCGCCUGCUGCGACGAGCCUUCCCUGAUCUGUUCAUCGUCGCCGACGUCUGUCUUUGCGAAUACACCUCACACGGCCACUGCGGCAUCCUGCGCGACGACGGCAGUCUCAACAAUGCCUUGUCCGUCGAGCGCAUUGCCGAUGUCGCUCUCUCGUAUGCACAGGCUGGCGCGCACUGCGUUGCGCCUUCAGACAUGAACGACGGCCGUAUACGCGCCAUCAAGCUGAGGCUCAUUGAAGCCGGAAUCGCCCACCAGGUCUCGCUCAUGUCGUACGCCGCAAAGUUCUCGGGCUGCUUGUAUGGCCCGUUCCGCGAUGCUGCAGGCUCUGUACCUUCUUUCGGCGACAGGCGAUGCUACCAAUUGCCUCCUGGCGGCCGUGGUCUAGCUCGACGAGCCAUUGUACGAGACAUUGGCGAGGGUGCUGACAUUAUCAUGGUCAAGCCCGCCAGCCAGUACCUAGAUAUUAUCAGCGAUGCCAAAGAAAUCGGCAAGGAUAUGCCUAUCGCAGCUUACCAAGUAUCUGGUGAGUAUGCCAUGAUUCACGCUGCGGCCGCUGCCGGCGUCUUCGGCCUGAGGCAAAUGGCAGAGGAGGCAACCCAGGGUAUUUUACGAGCAGGUGCAUCCAUUGUAGUCAGCUACUUCACCCCGGAAUUCCUCGAUUGGUUAGACAACUAAAAAAAAAUACGAUGAGUUCGGCAUAAUCGUUUGAUAUUAGGUUGGAUUGGCGGGGCGUCCCGGCGUUUGUUAUCGACUAGGUGCAUCUACGAAUGAUAUCAUAACCCAUUACACGAGAU